AGGAGAUGGCGGCAGGAGGAGGAGAUGGCGGCAGGAGGAGGAGAUGGCGGCAGGAGGAGGAGAUGGCGGCAGGAGGAGGAGAUGGCGGCAGGAGGAGGAGAUGGCGGCAGGAGGAGGAGAUGGCGGCAGGAGGAGGAGAUGGCGGCAGGAGGAGGAGAUGGCGGCAGGAGGAGGAGAUGGCGGCAGGAGGAGGAGAUGGCGGCAGGAGGAGGAGAUGGCGGCAGGAGGAGGAGAUGGCGGCAGGAGGAGGAGAUGGCGGCAGGAGGAGGAGAUGGCGGCAGGAGGAGGAGAUGGCGGCAGGAGGAGGAGAUGGCGGCAGGAGGAGGAGAUGGCGGCAGGAGGAGGAGAUGGCGGCAGGAGGAGGAGAUGGCGGCAGGAGGAGGAGAUGGCGGCAGGAGGAGGAGAUGGCGGCAGGAGGAGGAGAUGGCGGCAGGAGGAGGAGAUGGCGGCAGGAGGAGGAGAUGGCGGCAGGAGGAGGAGAUGGCGGCAGGAGGAGGAGAUGGCGGCAGGAGGAGGAGAUGGCGGCAGGAGGAGGAGAUGGCGGCAGGAGGAGGAGAUGGCGGCAGGAGGAGGAGAUGGCGGCAGGAGGAGGAGAUGGCGGCAGGAGGAGGAGAUGGCGGCAGGAGGAGGAGAUGGCGGCAGGAGGAGGAGAUGGCGGCAGGAGGAGGAGAUGGCGGCAGGAGGAGGAGAUGGCGGCAGGAGGAGGAGAUGGCGGCAGGAGGAGGAGAUGGCGGCAGGAGGAGGAGAUGGCGGCAGGAGGAGGAGAUGGCGGCAGGAGGAGGAGAUGGCGGCAGGAGGAGGAGAUGGCGGCAGGAGGAGGAGAUGGCGGCAGGAGGAGGAGAUGGCGGCAGGAGGAGGAGAUGGCGGCAGGAGGAGGAGAUGGCGGCAGGAGGAGGAGAUGGCGGCAGGAGGAGGAGAUGGCGGCAGGAGGAGGAGAUGGCGGCAGGAGGAGGAGAUGGCGGCAGGAGGAGGAGAUGGCGGCAGGAGGAGGAGAUGGCGGCAGGAGGAGGAGAUGGCGGCAGGAGGAGGAGAUGGCGGCAGGAGGAGGAGAUGGCGGCAGGAGGAGGAGAUGGCGGCAGGAGGAGGAGAUGGCGGCAGGAGGAGGAGAUGGCGGCAGGAGGAGGAGAUGGCGGCAGGAGGAGGAGAUGGCGGCAGGAGGAGGAGAUGGCGGCAGGAGGAGGAGAUGGCGGCAGGAGGAGGAGAUGGCGGCAGGAGGAGGAGAUGGCGGCAGGAGGAGGAGAUGGCGGCAGGAGGAGGAGAUGGCGGCAGGAGGAGGAGAUGGCGGCAGGAGGAGGAGAUGGCGGCAGGAGGAGGAGAUGGCGGCAGGAGGAGGAGAUGGCGGCAGGAGGAGGAGAUGGCGGCAGGAGGAGGAGAUGGCGGCAGGAGGAGGAGAUGGCGGCAGGAGGAGGAGAUGGCGGCAGGAGGAGGAGAUGGCGGCAGGAGGAGGAGAUGGCGGCAGGAGGAGGAGAUGGCGGCAGGAGGAGGAGAUGGCGGCAGGAGGAGGAGAUGGCGGCAGGAGGAGGAGAUGGCGGCAGGAGGAGGAGAUGGCGGCAGGAGGAGGAGAUGGCGGCAGGAGGAGGAGAUGGCGGCAGGAGGAGGAGAUGGCGGCAGGAGGAGGAGAUGGCGGCAGGAGGAGGAGAUGGCGGCAGGAGGAGGAGAUGGCGGCAGGAGGAGGAGAUGGCGGCAGGAGGAGGAGAUGGCGGCAGGAGGAGGAGAUGGCGGCAGGAGGAGGAGAUGGCGGCAGGAGGAGGAGAUGGCGGCAGGAGGAGGAGAUGGCGGCAGGAGGAGGAGAUGGCGGCAGGAGGAGGAGAUGGCGGCAGGAGGAGGAGAUGGCGGCAGGAGGAGGAGAUGGCGGCAGGAGGAGGAGAUGGCGGCAGGAGGAGGAGAUGGCGGCAGGAGGAGGAGAUGGCGGCAGGAGGAGGAGAUGGCGGCAGGAGGAGGAGAUGGCGGCAGGAGGAGGAGAUGGCGGCAGGAGGAGGAGAUGGCGGCAGGAGGAGGAGAUGGCGGCAGGAGGAGGAGAUGGCGGCAGGAGGAGGAGAUGGCGGCAGGAGGAGGAGAUGGCGGCAGGAGGAGGAGAUGGCGGCAGGAGGAGGAGAUGGCGGCAGGAGGAGGAGAUGGCGGCAGGAGGAGGAGAUGGCGGCAGGAGGAGGAGAUGGCGGCAGGAGGAGGAGAUGGCGGCAGGAGGAGGAGAUGGCGGCAGGAGGAGGAGAUGGCGGCAGGAGGAGGAGAUGGCGGCAGGAGGAGGAGAUGGCGGCAGGAGGAGGAGAUGGCGGCAGGAGGAGGAGAUGGCGGCAGGAGGAGGAGAUGGCGGCAGGAGGAGGAGAUGGCGGCAGGAGGAGGAGAUGGCGGCAGGAGGAGGAGAUGGCGGCAGGAGGAGGAGAUGGCGGCAGGAGGAGGAGAUGGCGGCAGGAGGAGGAGAUGGCGGCAGGAGGAGGAGAUGGCGGCAGGAGGAGGAGAUGGCGGCAGGAGGAGGAGAUGGCGGCAGGAGGAGGAGAUGGCGGCAGGAGGAGGAGAUGGCGGCAGGAGGAGGAGAUGGCGGCAGGAGGAGGAGAUGGCGGCAGGAGGAGGAGAUGGCGGCAGGAGGAGGAGAUGGCGGCAGGAGGAGGAGAUGGCGGCAGGAGGAGGAGAUGGCGGCAGGAGGAGGAGAUGGCGGCAGGAGGAGGAGAUGGCGGCAGGAGGAGGAGAUGGCGGCAGGAGGAGGAGAUGGCGGCAGGAGGAGGAGAUGGCGGCAGGAGGAGGAGAUGGCGGCAGGAGGAGGAGAUGGCGGCAGGAGGAGGAGAUGGCGGCAGGAGGAGGAGAUGGCGGCAGGAGGAGGAGAUGGCGGCAGGAGGAGGAGAUGGCGGCAGGAGGAGGAGAUGGCGGCAGGAGGAGGAGAUGGCGGCAGGAGGAGGAGAUGGCGGCAGGAGGAGGAGAUGGCGGCAGGAGGAGGAGAUGGCGGCAGGAGGAGGAGAUGGCGGCAGGAGGAGGAGAUGGCGGCAGGAGGAGGAGAUGGCGGCAGGAGGAGGAGAUGGCGGCAGGAGGAGGAGAUGGCGGCAGGAGGAGGAGAUGGCGGCAGGAGGAGGAGAUGGCGGCAGGAGGAGGAGAUGGCGGCAGGAGGAGGAGAUGGCGGCAGGAGGAGGAGAUGGCGGCAGGAGGAGGAGAUGGCGGCAGGAGGAGGAGAUGGCGGCAGGAGGAGGAGAUGGCGGCAGGAGGAGGAGAUGGCGGCAGGAGGAGGAGAUGGCGGCAGGAGGAGGAGAUGGCGGCAGGAGGAGGAGAUGGCGGCAGGAGGAGGAGAUGGCGGCAGGAGGAGGAGAUGGCGGCAGGAGGAGGAGAUGGCGGCAGGAGGAGGAGAUGGCGGCAGGAGGAGGAGAUGGCGGCAGGAGGAGGAGAUGGCGGCAGGAGGAGGAGAUGGCGGCAGGAGGAGGAGAUGGCGGCAGGAGGAGGAGAUGGCGGCAGGAGGAGGAGAUGGCGGCAGGAGGAGGAGAUGGCGGCAGGAGGAGGAGAUGGCGGCAGGAGGAGGAGAUGGCGGCAGGAGGAGGAGAUGGCGGCAGGAGGAGGAGAUGGCGGCAGGAGGAGGAGAUGGCGGCAGGAGGAGGAGAUGGCGGCAGGAGGAGGAGAUGGCGGCAGGAGGAGGAGAUGGCGGCAGGAGGAGGAGAUGGCGGCAGGAGGAGGAGAUGGCGGCAGGAGGAGGAGAUGGCGGCAGGAGGAGGAGAUGGCGGCAGGAGGAGGAGAUGGCGGCAGGAGGAGGAGAUGGCGGCAGGAGGAGGAGAUGGCGGCAGGAGGAGGAGAUGGCGGCAGGAGGAGGAGAUGGCGGCAGGAGGAGGAGAUGGCGGCAGGAGGAGGAGAUGGCGGCAGGAGGAGGAGAUGGCGGCAGGAGGAGGAGAUGGCGGCAGGAGGAGGAGAUGGCGGCAGGAGGAGGAGAUGGCGGCAGGAGGAGGAGAUGGCGGCAGGAGGAGGAGAUGGCGGCAGGAGGAGGAGAUGGCGGCAGGAGGAGGAGAUGGCGGCAGGAGGAGGAGAUGGCGGCAGGAGGAGGAGAUGGCGGCAGGAGGAGGAGAUGGCGGCAGGAGGAGGAGAUGGCGGCAGGAGGAGGAGAUGGCGGCAGGAGGAGGAGAUGGCGGCAGGAGGAGGAGAUGGCGGCAGGAGGAGGAGAUGGCGGCAGGAGGAGGAGAUGGCGGCAGGAGGAGGAGAUGGCGGCAGGAGGAGGAGAUGGCGGCAGGAGGAGGAGAUGGCGGCAGGAGGAGGAGAUGGCGGCAGGAGGAGGAGAUGGCGGCAGGAGGAGGAGAUGGCGGCAGGAGGAGGAGAUGGCGGCAGGAGGAGGAGAUGGCGGCAGGAGGAGGAGAUGGCGGCAGGAGGAGGAGAUGGCGGCAGGAGGAGGAGAUGGCGGCAGGAGGAGGAGAUGGCGGCAGGAGGAGGAGAUGGCGGCAGGAGGAGGAGAUGGCGGCAGGAGGAGGAGAUGGCGGCAGGAGGAGGAGAUGGCGGCAGGAGGAGGAGAUGGCGGCAGGAGGAGGAGAUGGCGGCAGGAGGAGGAGAUGGCGGCAGGAGGAGGAGAUGGCGGCAGGAGGAGGAGAUGGCGGCAGGAGGAGGAGAUGGCGGCAGGAGGAGGAGAUGGCGGCAGGAGGAGGAGAUGGCGGCAGGAGGAGGAGAUGGCGGCAGGAGGAGGAGAUGGCGGCAGGAGGAGGAGAUGGCGGCAGGAGGAGGAGAUGGCGGCAGGAGGAGGAGAUGGCGGCAGGAGGAGGAGAUGGCGGCAGGAGGAGGAGAUGGCGGCAGGAGGAGGAGAUGGCGGCAGGAGGAGGAGAUGGCGGCAGGAGGAGGAGAUGGCGGCAGGAGGAGGAGAUGGCGGCAGGAGGAGGAGAUGGCGGCAGGAGGAGGAGAUGGCGGCAGGAGGAGGAGAUGGCGGCAGGAGGAGGAGAUGGCGGCAGGAGGAGGAGAUGGCGGCAGGAGGAGGAGAUGGCGGCAGGAGGAGGAGAUGGCGGCAGGAGGAGGAGAUGGCGGCAGGAGGAGGAGAUGGCGGCAGGAGGAGGAGAUGGCGGCAGGAGGAGGAGAUGGCGGCAGGAGGAGGAGAUGGCGGCAGGAGGAGGAGAUGGCGGCAGGAGGAGGAGAUGGCGGCAGGAGGAGGAGAUGGCGGCAGGAGGAGGAGAUGGCGGCAGGAGGAGGAGAUGGCGGCAGGAGGAGGAGAUGGCGGCAGGAGGAGGAGAUGGCGGCAGGAGGAGGAGAUGGCGGCAGGAGGAGGAGAUGGCGGCAGGAGGAGGAGAUGGCGGCAGGAGGAGGAGAUGGCGGCAGGAGGAGGAGAUGGCGGCAGGAGGAGGAGAUGGCGGCAGGAGGAGGAGAUGGCGGCAGGAGGAGGAGAUGGCGGCAGGAGGAGGAGAUGGCGGCAGGAGGAGGAGAUGGCGGCAGGAGGAGGAGAUGGCGGCAGGAGGAGGAGAUGGCGGCAGGAGGAGGAGAUGGCGGCAGGAGGAGGAGAUGGCGGCAGGAGGAGGAGAUGGCGGCAGGAGGAGGAGAUGGCGGCAGGAGGAGGAGAUGGCGGCAGGAGGAGGAGAUGGCGGCAGGAGGAGGAGAUGGCGGCAGGAGGAGGAGAUGGCGGCAGGAGGAGGAGAUGGCGGCAGGAGGAGGAGAUGGCGGCAGGAGGAGGAGAUGGCGGCAGGAGGAGGAGAUGGCGGCAGGAGGAGGAGAAGGCGGCAGGAGGAGGAGAAGGCGGCAGGAGGAGGAGAAGGCGGCAGGAGGAGGAGAAGGCGGCAGGAGGAGGAGAAGGCGGCAGGAGGAGGAGAAGGCGGCAGGAGGAGGAGAAGGCGGCAGGAGGAGGAGAAGGCGGCAGGAGGAGGAGAAGGCGGCAGGAGGAGGAGAAGGCGGCAGGAGGAGGAGAAGGCGGCAGGAGGAGGAGAAGGCGGCAGGAGGAGGAGAAGGCGGCAGGAGGAGGAGAAGGCGGCAGGAGGAGGAGAAGGCGGCAGGAGGAGGAGAAGGCGGCAGGAGGAGGAGAAGGCGGCAGGAGGAGGAGAAGGCGGCAGGAGGAGGAGAAGGCGGCAGGAGGAGGAGAAGGCGGCAGGAGGAGGAGAAGGCGGCAGGAGGAGGAGAAGGCGGCAGGAGGAGGAGAGGGCGGCAGGAGGAGGAGAGGGCGGCAGGAGGAGGAGAGGGCGGCAGGAGGAGGAGAGGGCGGCAGGAGGAGGAGAAGGCGGCAGGAGGAGGAGAAGGCGGCAGGAGGAGGAGAAGGCGGCAGGAGGAGGAGAAGGCGGCAGGAGGAGGAGAAGGCGGCAGGAGGAGGAGAAGGCGGCAGGAGGAGGAGAAGGCGGCAGGAGGAGGAGAAGGCGGCAGGAGGAGGAGAAGGCAAGGAGGAGGAGAAGGCAAGGAGGAGGAGAAGGCAAGGAGAAGAAGAAGGCAAGGAGGAGGAGAAGGCAAGGAGAAGAAGAAGGCAAGGAGAAGAAGAAGGCAAGGAGAAGAAGAAGGCAAGGAGAAGAAGAAGGCAAGGAGAAGAAGAAGGCAAGGAGAAGAAGAAGGCAAGGAGAAGAAGAAGGCAAGGAGAAGAAGAAGGCAAGGAGAAGAAGAAGGCAAGGAGAAGAAGAAGGCAAGGAGAAGAAGAAGGCAAGGAGAAGAAGAAGGCAAGGAGAAGAAGAAGGCAAGGAGAAGAAGAAGGCAAGGAGAAGAAGAAGGCAAGGAGAAGAAGAAGGCAAUUAAAGAGGUCGCUCCAAAAUGUGAAUGAAGAGGAAGAGACCUCACUUUCGAGGAAACCUGUCGUUCGCACGCCGCAGCCAGGACCUCGCAUCCUGCCUGUCAUGGCCGGGCCACCUGGCUGGGAAUCUCCGAGUCGAUAUAAUAUAGCGGCCAGGCUGGGGGCCUCAUCUGACGCGCGGGCUUCUCAGCGCAGCGCCGCUUCUUGA